GAGACAAAUCCUCCAUUAUCAGCCGCAGCAGCUCCUGCAACCUGAUUUGCAUUUAAUUGUGGAGAUUUGGAUAUAUCUGCAUAACACGGUGUAUUAUUCUUUACUUUAUGUACGUUUCUGCUAGACUGGAUGUGAAAAGCAAACACGAGAAAAUCUGCAGAUGCUGGAAAUUCAAGCAACACACACAAAAUGCUGGUGGAACGCAGCAGGCCAGGCAGCAUCUACAGGGAGAAGCGCUGUCGACGUUUCGGACCGAUACCCUUCGUCAGGACUAACUGAAAGGAAAGAUCUGAAUUUAGCGGCGAUUGUAAUCCUGUCCCGUGGGAAAUGUGGACUCUCCAACUGUAUCACACGUUACCUAGUGGGAAUGGCUGCGGCAGAUCUCAUUGUCGUUGUCAUUGCUAUUAUUGUCGAGGAUAUCAAUAAUCUCUACGUGUACGCCAGAUUCUUGCACAUUACUCCGGUCUGCGCUCUGACCCUCCUGCUUAAAAUUGCAAGUUUGGACUGCUCUGUUUGGCUAACAGUUGCUUUCACAUUGGAUCGCUGCGUUGCGAUUUGCUGUCAAAAUCUACGGAAACUGUACUGUACAGAGGGAGUGGCGACCGUAGUCAUAGUAAUAGUGGGGGUUGUGGGCUUUGUGAGGAGUAUUCCGUUUUACUUUGUUGUGGAGCCUUAUGUAAUAAUUAACAAUGUACCUUGGCGUUGUGUCCCCAUUCCCGAAUAAUUCACUUCAUCAGUGUGGAAGGCCUACGAGUUGUUUGACAGCAUCAAAACUCCGUUAUUACCAAUAUGCUUAAUCCUUCUAUGUAACGGUUUAACGGCGAGACACAUUAUAGCAGCAAUUAGAGUCCGUAAGGGACUCCGCUGCAACACUGAAAAUCAAAAAGACCCUGAAGUGGAGAACCGGAGUAAGUCUAUUAUUUUGUUGUUCGCUCUGUCAGGUAAUUUCAUUUUACUGUGGAUGCCCUAUAUAAUACACUCUAUGAACUGGCAAGCGAUGAAUUACUCCUUCACAGACAAAUAUUUGAAUACUCCGAUAUACGUCUUUCAACAAUGUGGUACUAUGCUAACGUCACUUAGUACCUGCACCAACACUUGCAUCUAUGGCCUGACGCAGAGGAAGUUCAGAGAGGAGCUGAAAAAUGGGAUGAGAAAUGUGUUGACAGUAAAUGGGCUGCUAUGUAAAUAACAUAAGUACCAUCCGCUAGAACUUGUUUCAAAUUGCAAAUAAA